CUGGACAUGGGACUGGACGCGUGUGCGGUGGUGUCUUUUUAUCAGGAAGAGGCCUAUGUGUUCAUGGGACUGCUGGUGUUCCUACUCCUAGGUUCCUCGGCACUGGUCCAGGCUUUCAGCUGGCUGUGGCACCACUAUGACAAGGAGGGGACUGAGACCAGGACUGAGAGCCUUGUGAAGAACCUCUGCUGUCUCAAGAUCCUCCAUGUUUUCCAGAUGGGAGUUUACCUCAGGACAAUGACCCAGCACACCUCCAGGCUGUCCAACUUGAAGAGCCCCCAGCCUCUGGGGAAGUAUGGAAGGAAGCAGCUGAGUAAUAUCCUUAACCCGCGCCCUAGGAUAGCACAAGGUGGUUAA